UUUUUGUUGGACAGCAAACACAAUAUAAAAUGUUUAGUUUAAAUCCUGGAAAGAAGUACAUUGUACAGAUCCACUGCAAACCAGACCACCAUGGAUCAUGGAGUGAAUGGAGCUCAGAAAAGUAUAUUCAGAUCCCUACUGACUUUAGAGUAAAAGAUAUGGUUGUGUGGAUCAUCGUUGGUGUUUUGUCAUCUGUUAUAUGUUUAAUCAUGAGCUGGACAAUGGUUUUGAAAGGCUACAGAAUGAUAGCCUUUAUCCUACCACCAGUUCCGGGACCAAAGAUAAAAGGCAUAGAUACACAUCUGUUAGAGACAGGAAAAUCUGAAGAAUUAUUGAGUGCUCUUGGUUGUCAUGGUUUCCCUCCAACAUCAGACUGUGAGGAACUACUAAUAGAAUAUCUGGAGGUAGAGGACAGUGAGGACCAGCAACUCAUGCCAAGCCAUGACAAUGGUCAUCCCAGUAAAAAUGCAAAAAUGAUAUCCACGGAAACAGACAGUGACUCAGGCCGAGGGAGCUGUGACAGCCCUUCUCUGCUUUCUGAGAAGUGCAAGGAGUCCCGUGCCCUUCCAUCAACACUUCAGACACAAGAUAUAAAAGACGUUCAAGAAAGUAAAGGAGGAAAAAGGAUCUGGGAAACUCAGUGCAUAGCCUCAGAACAGAAAAUACUCCUUUUUAACACUGAGAGUACAAAAUCGUCCACAUGGCCUGCAGCUCAGUUACCUUAUAAUCAGCCUCCUAUGUUUGCCUACCACAGUACUGCAGAUGCACAUAUGAUAACUCUGAGUACCACAAAUGUGAACAUUGCACCAGUUUUGGUGGGAAAUGAAGAAAAGCAUCAGUCACAAUAUCCUAUCACUGAAACUGUCCACCACGACGUGGAAAAGCAAAGAGAGAUGGAGAAUUUGCAUUCCAAAACUGACCAAACCCCAGUGCAGGUCAAACAAAACAGACCUAAUGACAAGUCGCCUUUUUUGAAUCCUGAACUAAUGGAUUAUGUAGAAGUUCACAAAGUCAGACAAGAUGAGGAGCCAGCAGUAUUACUGAAACAUAAAGAAAACAGUGGCAAGACCGAAAAAUACACUGUUCCAGGAACCAGCAAAGAAUAUACCAAGGUUUCAACAGUUGUGGACCAUAAUAUUCUGGUAUUAAUGCCAGAUUCACGCAUUCAGCACACCUCUGUGUCUCAAGAACCUGCAAUGGAAACAUCUCAGAACCUUCACCAGGGCCAAGCUGAGAAAAAUAUUAGCUACUGUCUGACAGUUCCAAACGAAUGCAAAAGAGAGACCAGUGGAUCUGAGUACAUGGAUCCAUCUUCUUUUAUGCCCUCCUUUAAAUAACUAGUAGUUAGUACAGUGCAUACUUAGUAGUU